AUGCCCGGGCGAGUCUCCAAGAGUAAAGACAAGAAGAAGAGGGCUGAAAAGCCAACUCCUCCGUCCGUAGACGAGUUGUGGACAUCAUCUGGGCCUUCUCAUGUAUUUCCCAAGUCUUGGAUCGGGGAAGCUCAAAACAUGGACCUCCAAUUUGACUUAGGAGAGGCCAAGUUAAGCCUCGAAUCCAUUCUGAAGGCCGGCCGCUCAGUAACCUUCUUUGAUCGACUCACUCCCUGCAGCCGUUGCACAUAUUUUGGGUAUGCCGAUUGUAAACCAAUCUGGGCUGCUAGCAGUAAAGCUGGCCAUAGACCAACUUGCGCUCGAUGCUUUGCAGGGAAGCAGAAGUGCUCCUUCUUUGACCCCGACAGUUCAUGUGCUGGGCUCAAGAAACUCGAAGCCGCUUCGAGUAACAACCUUCUUUUGGCCAAGAUUGCCCUACGGCUGGAUCGUGAAUUACGUUCUUAUGAGCAAAUUCAACUAGCUCAGAAGACGACGUACAAUGCUGCUAAGUUGGUCUGGUCAAACAUCCAGGAAAGUCAAAGAGCGCUACGGGCUGCUGGCAGGGAUCCAGUCGAAGUUUUCAAAGGCCUCGGUGAUGACGAAGACUUCAAGAUGACCCCUUCCCAGGUCAAAGCUCUUGGUGAAGCUCUUGGGUGGUCUCUUUCUGGUUCUAUGAUGGAAGAGGUCACUGAGAAUGCUCCUGUUCCUGUUCCUUUGCCCCCUACUUCUAUCGUUCCUCCAGUUCCUGUAGCUUCUCCUGGGGACUCCAAGAUGACCAAUGAUACUGAGGUUGGAGGUGAAGAGUCUGACGACAAAUCCUCUGAUCCUUCUUCUUCUGGAGUUCCACCUGUGGUGGCAGAACCCACUUCAGUCCAGGCCACUGAGGAGGUUGAAACUCCCGUAGCACCAGGACCCGUAUUGUAUGUACUAGAUUCUUUGCAACAAAGCCUUUAUCAAUAA